AUGGAUGUCAAAACUGCCUUCCUAAAUGGUGAGCUCGAAGAAGAAAAUUACAUGAGGCAACCUGAAGGGUUUGCAAACGAGGGAAAAGAGCAUAUGGUUUGCAAACUUGGCAAGGCAAUUUAUGGACUGAAGCAAGCAAGUAGGAGGUGGUAUUUUAAAUUUCACCAAACUAUUUCAUCUUAUGGUUUUGAAAAGAACAUAGCUGAUCAAUGCAUUUAUCUGAAGAAGUGUGGGAGUCGAUUUAUUUUUCUGGUGCUGUAUGUCGACGACAUACUUUUGACUGCAAAUGACCACAAUUUACUGAAGAACACCAAGGAGCUACUUUCAAAUAAUUUUGAGGUGAAGGAUUUGGGAGAAGCUGCUUUUGUGUUGGGUAUUGAAAUUCAGAGAGACCGAGCUCGAGGAUUCCUAGGCCUAUCACAGAAAACAUACAUUGAGAGGAUACGCAAGCGUUUUGCAUGA